AAUUAUUUAGUAAUUUAAUUUCUAUUUAGUUUUAAUGUAUAAAUACAAAAUUAUUUAGACUUUAUUAUAAAUAUCAAGCUAUACUCGUACUCUAUCUGUGUUACUAAUAUUAAUAAUAAAAAUAAAUAAGUGGACAAAUAUUUUAGUGACAUAUCAUCACCGGUGAGCACAUGAUAAUGAUCUGUCCCAUACAAUUGAGGACCAAUUGGUUUCAACCAAAUGCAAUACCCGUGGCGUCUGUCAGACUUGAGCACAAUUGGCUCAUAUGUCGACAGAUUAUUGUAUUCGCCGGCAAUAUAUUGAGUCUCAUUUACGGCCUAAUGAUUGUGGUUGUGUUGAAUUGGUUGGACACGGAAUCGGCUAAACAGUUGCCCCAUUUGGCCAAACACCCCCUCGACAGCGACUAUUGGACCGCCUAUUAUAUAAUCGCUUUCUCUCUCAUCGGAAGCAUUUCAAUGAUUAUCAAAAGUAAUUUCGGGGCGUGUUUGGACGCUUUAUUCAUGGACUUGGAUGAUAGAAAUCAGGAUAACGAGAACCAGAGGGACAUACAAAUUAUAAACACUGAACACAACUCGCAAACACUUUUGGACGAAAUGAUAGACCACUUGAAGAUGAAACUAACUUUACUGAAGAAUUGCUUGAGAUAUGGUCCGGUGCUCACGUUUAACGUAUUACUGGCGCUGAUGAUCAUACCCUAUGAACUAUCAAUAGCUAAGAGUGGUGUGACAUAUUGUCUCGAGAAUUGUUCCCAACAUUGGAUCACUGCUCAGCAGAAGAAGAAUUACGUACUGCUUAUGGAUCUGUGCCUAACGGUGCUGGUCGUGUCGGUCAUCUUAAUUCAAUUGUGUGUUAUUGUGUAUAAUUGCGAUCUCAUAAAGACAUCGAUUGACAAGAAGUCAUUUGUCUCGCGAUUCCGUCGUAUACUCCACCGCAUGAACACCAACGCCGUGUACGCCAGUAGUCGUGGCAAUAAAGAUGAAAGUCGUAUGAGGAAUGCCGUCGCCCAGAGACACAAGAAUAUUAUGUUUCACCACUUUUUAGCCCAAAACCAGAACAGUAUUCAAACGAAAGCCAAACAACUUGAAGGGAAAGUUGAAGGGAAAGAAGAGUUGGUUGAGAGACCGCACUCAUACUCCCGGUCCUCAACGAUCACGGCGUCUGAGGCGGCUCACUGUUCCACCUCUUUUAGCCACAGCCCUACGGAUGCCGGCGCUGAUCGGGCUGUGUAUGUCUAAACAUAAGUACCGUAUUUGUCGCUUAUAUUGAGUUUAAUAUUUUGCC